CGUGCCCGGCCGACCGCCGUCGGAUGGCACCUAAGAUCUGGGACCAUCGGUGGGGCCGCACCAUGGCAGCCAGCUCCAAAGUCGCCGUCCUUCCUCACAGUCCUCCUUCACCUGCUGAGGACGGCCGGUGUGGCAGGUGUGGUCUGGGACCAAUGGUGGACCUACGACGGUAUAUCAGGCAUGGCUUACUGGGGCGUGUUCAACCCGGACUGGAGCAUGUGCCACGAUGGCAGGCGUCAGUCCCCCAUCAACGUGGAGCCGGAGUCGCUGCUGUUCGAUCCACACCUGCGCUACGUUCACAUCGACAAGGCCACGGUAUCGGGCCAUCUGAAGAACUCGGGGCACGGGGUGGUGUUCAACAUAUCGCAGGAGCACCGGGGGCGUGUCAACAUCACCGGCGCCUCGCUCAGCUACAGCUAUCAACUGGAGGAGGCGCACAUUCAUUUCGGGAUGAAAAACACGGACGGCUCGGAGCAUCAGAUAUCGGGUCGUGCGUUCCCGGCAGAGAUCCAGCUGGUGGGCUUCAACGCCAACCUGUACAAUAACCUGACAGUUGCGUCCUCCAAGAACCACGGCAUCGUUGUCGUAUCUAUUCUUGUGCAGCAUGGCACGACGCCCAAUGAUCAGCUACUCCGGUUCACCGAAGCCAGCCGGUCGAUACCGUUCAGAAACGAUGCCGUCCAGCUGGCUAACAUCACCAUCAGCGGUCUGCUGCCCCAGACAGAAUUCUACCUUACCUACGAGGGCUCGCUCACGUGGCCCGCCUGCUUCGAGUCGGUCACCUGGAUCCUGAUGAACAAGCCGAUCUACAUCACUGUGCAACAGCUGGAGCAGCUGCGCCGUCUGAGCCAGAGUCUGGCAUCGGACGCCACCAAGUCGCCGCUGGGUGACAACUACCGACGGCCGCAGCCGCUCUACCACCGGCCGGUGCGCACCAACAUCGACUUCACGGGAGCCGAGGACGGUGCAUGUCCGACGAUGUACCAGAACAAACACUACGCAGCGAAUAGAUGGCUGGGCACGUAGAAACGCCGGAAGUAGCCCCCCCCGGAAGUAGGUCGCGUGGGGUUGUAUCCAGCGAGCGGCGAGCGCUCGUCACAUCUGGGGGACGUGCUCUCCGACGAACGGACGGCGUCGAGUGAUGACGAGGCCGCCUCUGAGCUCCGACGGAGGGGCGUCGAGUGAUGACGGAGCCGCUCCUGAGCUCCAGAGGCACGGCAGCGGGACUCGACCAGUGCCGGUCGGGCGCGGAUGCGGCGCUGCUCGAAGCACAGCCGGUGCGUCAGCAGACACAUAUCACGCGUUGCGUUGGUGUGGACAGAGUGGCGCGGUUGCAGAGUGGUCGUCCGGUUGGGGCCGUGCGUGCUGUUUCAGAUUCCCGUUGUAAGUGUAGACUGUUGGUUACUCCACAUGACAACAGCUUCCGUCGGUGCCGGGACACCGAACAGCUCAACUGCAGCGAACCUGGCAGCCGCUGUUCCUCUUUAGGCCGUGCGCACGUGUUACGGCAUUAAGUGUUGCUAGCGAUAUAACGACAUAUCAUUUGUGUUGUGUUGGUUAUGUGACUUGUGCUGCGAGGUGCGUUCUGCCUCGCUCCCUGCAGGCCGAAAACUGUUCGCCAUGCAGUUUGUAAAUCAAUAAGUCUACUGCUGCACUGGUAUAGUGACACCCACGUCCCGAUGUACGAUUGACUA